GGCCUUCUGUGAUUGGAUAAUAAUUGUGCUUAGCGUUUGCGAUACAUUUCUCGAUAUAAACAUAGGCCACGCGAUACUGUUAACAAAUCGUUCAGGAUGCCUUUGAUUGUUAAAGAUUUCAGCUGGGAAGAAAACGAAUCAACGCUUUUCUUAACCGUUCCCCUGAAAGGCGUGAAAGCUAACAAAGUAGACAUAUUUUCAUCAGAAGAAUAUAUCAAAGUGAGCUAUCCCCCUUACAUAUUUGAAUGCCUCCUGAAGUGUCCAGUUGAUGAUGCACAGAGCUCAGCCAAUGUUGGAAAUGGGACCGUUGUGUUUAAACUCAAGAAGAAAGAACAGAAAGUUUGGGGCCAGCUACAAUCAGAUGAUGCAGGAAACAAGGAGGUGUUGAGGAAGAAGCGAGAGGAAGCUCAGGCAGAAGUACAAAGAAGACAACAGGAAGAGGGAAAGGCUAAAGCUGAGAAGAAGAGAGAGGAAGACCGAUAUGCCUUGAAUCAGAUGAUGAAGCUUGAAGACAGUGAGAGGCAGAGAAUUGAGGACAUCAAACAGUCUGAGCGGAAGGCUGCUACUGAUGAGCUGGAGAGAUGGAAAGAUGAACAGAGGGCAGAGGCAGAAGCUCGUAAGAAACAUCUGCUUGAACAAAAAAGGGCAGAAAAUGAAAGUAAACGAAUCGAAGAAAGGAAGAAAGGUAAAAAGGCAAACAUAUUUGAGACUGAGAAGGGCAUGCCAACUCGUCAGACAGGGAGGAUAGAAGUGAGCCACACCCCCAGAGUGUUCCCAACCCCGGUGCGGGAAUCCCAGGCCCCCAUGGAGGAAGAGUGGUUGAAGAAGCAGGCAGAGGCACGGAGGACUGUGGAGCUGUCUGAUGCAGACCUCUCAGAGGAGGAGAAGAACCCGCUUUGGCUCCGGGACAAGGGCAAUGAAUUUUUCAAGGGUGGUAACUAUCAAGCAGCAGUGAAUGCCUACACACACGCAAUCCGGUUGAGCAACAAGAUGCCAGGAUUGUACUCUAACAGAGCAGCCUGUCAUCUGAAGCUUCGAAACCUCAUCAAGUGUGUAGAAGACUGUUCAAAAGCUCUGGACCUUCUCCAUCCUCCAGUACCCCAGAACGCUGCUAGUCGAUGCAGGGCCCUCGUGAGGCGGGGAACAGCAUUCUGUCAGCUGGAGAUGUAUAUUGAAGGUCUCCAAGAUUACGAAGCUGGUCUGAAGUUAGACCGAGACAACAAAGAGUUACAGGCUGAUGCCGAGAAAAUCCGUGAGAUAAUACAAGGCACUGUGGACAGAUAAGCAGACACGGACACAGGCAGAGAUUGGGGGACGAAUGGGGUGUGGAGGAAGACUGAGAGCAUGGAUGAAGACUUGGGUGCAGAUGAAGAUUUUGAGAGGCUGAAUGAUUUUUGGUAUACUGCCUUGGGUGUUCAGUCUGUGUUUACCUAACUACACACACUUCUGUACAUUUCAACAUGAUCAGCAUCUUCUGUAGUCAUAUGUGGCCAUGGGUGGACUAGCUGGAUGCAUCUUGCUGUAGUCAUAUGUGGCCAUGGGUGGUCUAGCUAGGUGCAUCUUGCUGUAGUCAUAUGUGGCCAUGGGUGGACCAGCUAGGUGCAUCUUGCUGUAGUCAUAUGUGGCCAUGGGUGGACUAGCUGGAUGCAUCUUGCUGUAGUCAUAUGUGGCCAUGGGUGGACCAGCUAGGUGCAUCUUGCUGUAGUCAUAUGUGGCCAUGGGUGGACCAGCUAGGUGCAUCUUGCUGUAGUCAUAUGUGGCCAUGGGUGGACCAGCUAGGUGCAUCUUGCUGUAGUCAUAUGUGGCCAUGGGUAGACAAGCUAGGUGCAUCUUGCUGUAGUCAUAUGUGGCCAUAGGCGGACCAGCUAGGUGCAUCUUGCUGUUGUCAUAUGUGGCCAUGGGUGGUCCAGCUAGGUGCAUCUUGUUGUAGUCAUAUGUGGCCAUGGGUGGUCCAGCUAGGUGCAUCUUGUUGUAGUCACAUGUUGCCAUGGGUGGACCAGCUAGGUGCAUCUUGCUGUAGUCAUAUGUGGCCAUGGGUGGUCCAUCUAGGUGCAUCUUGUUGUAGUCAUAUGUGGCCAUGGGUGGUCCAGCUAGGUGCAUCUUGCUGUAGUCACAUGUGGCCAUGGGUGGACCAGCUAGGUGCAUCUUGCUGUGCUGGGUAGCAUUUGGUAGGUUUCACAUUCAGACUUGACUCUAUCAUGACUGUCAGCACCUGUUCUUGUAGAUUUCACCACAGAUGCAAACAUCCAUCUUCUGUAUCACUUAGAAGAUAAACCUACUGUAUUGGUAAUGUUCAGCUAGGUUGCCUGUGGAUUUUACCAUGCCAAAUUGAAUUUGGAACUGAACAUGCAAUCAGAAUUGAUUUUUCCAAAGUCAUGUUUUGGGAUUUCCUCCUACAUUAAGCUGAAGGAUGUGAUAUAGCUGAAAUUCUGCUCAACUGACUCCAUCAAAAGUAAUGUUUUCUUGUUGAUCAAAUCAUCUGCUUGUAUGCUAUGAAAUCAAUGAUAUUGUUCAUUUGAAAGAUUGGAAAUGUUAUAAUGAUUAGGAGUUUCUUGUAAUAAAUAAUAAAUGUGUUGUCAAUUAAAACGAAGUAAUGUAACAUAA